CUUUUAUUUUGAAAUCUUCCGCAACAGUUUGAACCGUGAACUUUAUUUCUCAAUUUCAUUUAAUGUCGACAUGGAUCGCCAAACCACUGUCGUCCGUCCAGAACAUCGAUUUGACACCAAUAACUUGAAAAGAUAUUUGUCAGGGAAUCUUGACUUUUCAGGCAACAGCACUUUAACUGUGCAGCAGUACAUAGCUGGUCAGUCCAACCCAACGUUUUACAUUGAGACUGCAGACAAGCGUUAUGUGCUCAGAAAGAAACCUCCAGGAGAACUGCUGCCUGGAGCACAUAAGGUAGAUAGAGAGUAUGCUGUUCAAGAGGUUUUGUAUUCUGUUGGCUUUCCUGUUCCUCAUCCUGUGAUUUACUGCUCAGAUACUCGUGUCAUCGGCACCGAGUUCUACAUCAUGGAGCAUGUACAGGGACGUAUAUUUAGGGACUUGAGGCUCCCAGGGGUCAGUACAGCAGAGCGAACUGCUCUGUAUGUGGCAGCAGUGGAGACUCUAGCCAAACUUCACUCUCUGGACGUGAAUACGCUCGGCCUCCUGGGAUACGGGAAGGGAUCAGGUUAUUGUAAAAGGCAGGUGUCCACAUGGACAAAGCAGUACAAAGCCUCUGCCCACAAAGAGAUUCCAGCCAUGGAUAAACUUUGUGAUUGGCUGAGCCACAACCUGCCAACCAAUGACAAUGAAGUGUCCCUUGUUCAUGGCGAUUUCCGAAUUGACAACCUGAUAUUCCACCCUACAGAGGCUCGUGUGCUAGCUGUGCUGGAUUGGGAACUGUCCACUACCGGACAGCCAAUAGCAGACUUGGCCUACUUCCUCAUGCCACACUAUUGGCCCAGUCACUACAAACUCAUCAGCACAAUGGGUGGUGUUACAGGAGUGGAGGGAAUUCCUUCUCCAGAUGACCUGAUCUCCAUUUACUGCUGUUGUCGAGGGAUCCCAAACUCUCUCCCCCAGCUAAACUUCUUCAUUGCCAUGGCUAUUUUCAAAAUGGCUGCAAUUGCACAGGGUAUUUAUGCAAGGCAUUUGUUGGGCAAUGCCAGUUCAAUUAACGCUGCUGAGUUUGGAGAGAGCGUGGAGCCGUUAGCUGAGCUGGGUUUACAUAUUGCCUUCAGCCCCACAUUAGCCCUACCGAUCUCUGAUCAGAUGUUCAUGCAGUCACCCAAAGGUCAGGCUGUCCUUCAGCAUUUGAAAGAGUUCAUGAGAAAGCACGUACUUCCUGCCCAAAAGGAAGUAAAGGAGUACUACGCCAAACACAAGGACACACCUGAGAGAUGGCACACACCUCCUGUGUUGGAAGAGUUGAAGGCAAAGGCUCGAGCUGCAGGCUUGUGGAAUUUGUUUCUUCCUGCUGAGAGUGGCCUCUCUCAGCUGGAUUAUGCUCAUAUCGCAGAAGAGACCGGACACUGCUUCUACGCCCCCGAAGUCUUCAAUUGCCAGGCCCCAGACACUGGGAAUAUGGAAGUGCUGCACCUGUUUGGCACUGAGGAACAGAAGAGGCUAUGGCUGGAGCCCUUACUGAGAGGAGACAUACGGUCCUGCUUCUGUAUGACAGAGCCAGAUGUUGCUUCAAGCGAUGCCACAAACAUGGAGUGCACCCUUCACAGAGACAAAGACCAUUUUAUCAUUAACGGCAAAAAGUGGUGGAGCAGUGGUGCUGGUAACCCAAAGUGUGAGAUCGGCAUAGUCAUGUGCAGGAGCAAGUCACUGGACUCAAAUAGUGACAGGCAUGGGCUGCACACCAUGAUCCUGGUCCCUCUGAAAACUCCAGGAGUGAAGAAGAUAAGGCCGCUUACCGUUUUCGGACAGGACGAUGCGAUCCAUGGUGGCCAUUUUGAGAUCCACUUUGACAAUGUGAGAGUUCCUGCUUCCAACAUUCUUCUUGGUGAGGGGCGGGGCUUUGAUAUCGCUCAGGGACGACUGGGGCCAGGUAGACUUCAUCACUGCAUGAGGGCUGUGGGGCUGGCAGAAUGGGCACUGGAGUUGCUAUGUCAACGUGCAGCUCAUAGACAAGCCUUUGGAAAGAGACUGUACCAACAUGAGGUGGUAGCUCAUUGGAUAGCUGAGUGUCGAAUCGCCAUUGCGCAGACACGUCUGCUAACAUUACAUGCUGCUCACACACUGGACACACAGGGCAACAAGGCUGCAAGGAAACAGAUUGCUAUGAUAAAGGUGGCAGCAGGCAGGAUGGCGAGUAAGGUGGUGGACUGUGCCAUUCAGGUUUAUGGAGGUGCAGGAGUGUCUGAUGACUUCCCACUUGCGGAAAUGUAUGCUUAUGCACGGACUUUGCGCAUAGCUGACGGACCUGAUGAGGUUCAUUUGUCCUCCAUUGCUCUCCUGGAGCUCAGAGACCAACGGAGAAGAGCCCAAGCUAAACUCUGAUUCACCUUAAAUCAACCAUACAUAAUGUAUAAACUUCUCGAUUAUGUCCUGAAAAUGUCUAAAGGCUAUCUUAGAAAAACAGCUAUUAGAUUCCAAGUGACCUACUCAAACAGAAAUAACCAAUCAAUCAUACUCUAAGAAUUCCAGCUGCUAAUCUAUAAUGAAUGAGAAAUGCAUUAUGGGAUAUCACAAGUACGUACAUAACAGAAAAUGUUUGGAAGUUCAAGUUGUGUCUUUAAUUGAAAUGUGACUGUACUUUAACACCAACAUCUGCCUUACAAAUCAAAUUUAAUGUAGAUCAAAUAUUUUUUAUAAAUUAAUGUAUAUAAUAUGUUUUUUCUUUUAUUUUUAAUUCUGUAAUCAAAAGUCCCUGUUUGCUAAAUGGGAAUACAGCACAUUAUAGAGCACAGUUUAUAGCACUGUUUUUUGUUAACUAUCUGCACUCUUCCUUUCAUACACACAGACUUAAGCAGACAGGUGUGAAGAAUGUGUGUGCUGAAAUAUUGCAUGUCUUCAACUCCUUGUGUCAUGGCUUCCACCCAGUCUUGUUUAGAUGUCCUGAAAUCUGGUGUGUUUAUAAAAGCCCUAGUGCUACUGUG